AUGUCCCUAAGGGCCACCUCGCAUGGGGACCUGCAGGCACUGUCUCUGGGAAAAGCCCCGGCACUGGACAGCGGACUGAGCAAGUCUUUCAGCAACAUGAAUAGCGGUGGCAGUGGCCUGCGUUUCAGCAGCAGCAGCGGCAGAGAUGGUGUGAUGGAGGAGAUCACGGACCUCAAGCCCGGGCUGGUGCCACGCAGGCCCAUCCGUGCCGUGCGACCUGUCAGCGCCGGGGGAACCAUCCUGCAGAUCAACCACCUGCAGGGGGAACUGGUGAGGAAGAGGAAGGAGUGUGAAGACUUAAAAAAGGAGAAUAAAUACCUGUCCAAUGAGAUCCACAUGGAGAGGAUCAUGAUGAGGACGGAGAACGAGUUGACCAUGAGGAACCUACGCAACCUCAACCACGACCUGCAGGCACAAGUCAAGGAGCUAAAACAGAAGCUCCACUUCAGCCAGCAAAGGGCCAGCAUGUGCUCAAGGGCGGCUGAGGACGCUGAGCUGAAGAGGGGGGAGGCGGAGAGGGUGCGGGCCCUGGCCGAGGUGCGCGCCAUGGACAGUCACAAGGAGAUGGACAUCGCCCUGGACAACAGCACAAAGCUGACCGAGGAGCUACAGCAGCUGAAGAAGGAGCACAAUGAGGUUCAGCUGUCACUGGCCAAAGCGGAGAAGAGCUACUUUGAGACGAAGCUGAAGCUGGACAGGGUGUCGUCUGAGAAGCAGGCCCUCCUGGGGGAGAACAGGAGCCUGGAGGAGGAGAGGGACACCCUGCGACACCGCCUCAAGGAGAUGACAGACGACAACGCCAAGAUCAGAGACAAGGAGGUGGGCUCCAGACGCAGGGCGCUGGCCGCAGAGGAGGAGAGCCAGAGGCUCAGCAGGGCGCAGCAGGAGGCUGAGCAGGGCAGGCGGCUGGCGGAGAGGGAGAGAGACGAGCGCACCAGCGAGAGCCUGAGUUGGAGGGAGAAGCACCAGGCUCUGGACAGCAUCCUCCGGGCCCAGGAGGACCUCAAGGCCCAGUGCAGGAACAAAGCUUGUCAGGCGAACAUCAAGAGCUACUUCCUGUGCAUGACUGAGAGCGACCAGAGAGUAAAAAUCCUGAAGAACUCGGAUGGCAGCCCAAAGAACUUCACGGAAGGAGAUCCUGUGUACAUUUCCACACCAGAACCAGCCAGUGAUGACACAGAAACAGGCUCAUCCUCAAGGACCAUGUUUAGAGUGUCAGCCCCACGGUCAGGGAAGGAUUCGGGCCCUUCCUACUUCAGCGACCUGUCUCCUAUGGGGGCCGAUAGUCCGGAGCCGGGAAUAGCCAGAAGAAGCAGGAAAACUGUGGAAUACUUCUGGAUACCCACCGAUGAGGAAUGAGAAAAGAGCUCAGCAAAUAUCAAAAGUCAUGUCUGUCCAGUCCAGAAUCAUGCACAUUCUGGGCAUUAACUUAAUAAAAUACAUUUUCUAGGAAAGGUUGGCUCUUUUGACAGACAAAUCAAACCAGUUCUCUUGGUGAUCAAGUGUUUUUAACCUUUAAUGAGUUAAGCAACAGUGGUGCACAAUAGAGCAUUUUUUUUAACAUCCUUAGUUACAUGAUCUAGGCCAUUUAGAGUUUUACAGAAGCAAAGCUGUGCUCACAUCAGAGGCCCUCCUGAUCGAGGUUGCCCCACUGAUCACUUGUCAAUUUUCAUGUCAUCUUGACAAGGGUAAAAGCCUUAAAAAAAGAAAUCACUCCAGAUGUGCAUGGAGGUAGAGUUCCGAACCAAUUCAUUAUUAUUACAUGUAUCAUUACUUCAAGGUUUAUUCACCAAAUUAAAAAAGGCAGUUAAAAACACCCCGUUUACAA